AUGGAUUUUCUUAUUAUUUUUCUUUUACUUUUUAUUGGAACUUCAGAGACACAGGUUGAUGUUUCCAAUGCUAUUCCUGGUACAAGGUACGAUAUAACCAUCUCUUCAGUUUCUGCUACAACAUACGGUGCACCUGUUAGCAGAACAGUGGUAACAAAUGUAACGAUACCAGGGCCUCCAGUCUUCCUAGCAGGGGAAAGAGUUGGAUCUGCUGGCAUUCUUCUCUCUUGGAAUACACCACCUAACCCAAAUGGAAGGAUUGUAUCUUACGUUGUUAAAUAUAAGGAAGUUUGUCCAUGGAUGCAAACAGUGUAUACACAAGCUAGAACAAAGCCAGACAGUCUGGAAGUUCUUCUUACCAACCUUAAUCCUGGAACAACAUAUGAAAUCAAGGUUGCUGCUGAAAAUAGUGCUGGCGUUGGAAUAUUUAGUGACGCAUUUCUUUUUCAAACUGCAGAAAGUGCUCCAGGAAAAGUUGUGAAUCUCACAGUUGAGGCCUUCAAUUAUUCAGCAGUAAACCUGAGUUGGUAUUUACCUCAUCAACCAAAUGGAAAAAUUACUAGCUUCAAGAUUAGUGUGAAGCAUGCCAGAAGUGGAAUAGUAGUAAAAGAUGUCACAAUCAGAGUAGAAGACAUUUUGACUGGGAAGUUGCCUGAGUGUAAUGAAAAUAGUGAAUCUUUUUUAUGGAGUACAACCAGCCCUUCUCCAACCCUUAGUAGAGUUACGUCUCCAUCACGUACCACGUAUUCAUCGAGCACAUUGACACGGAGUACGACAAGCUCUGUGUGGAAAGAGCCUAUCAGUUUUCUAGUGACACAGUUAAGACCUUAUACAACAUAUCUUUUUGAAGUUUCAGCUGUCACAACUGAAGCAGGUUAUAUUGACAGUACAAUUGUCAGAACACCAGAAUCAGUGCCUGAAGGACCACCGCAAAACUGUGUAGCAGGCAACAUCACAGGAAAGUCUUUUUCAAUUUCAUGUGACCCACCAACUACAGUAACAGGAAAAUUUAGCUAUAGAGUUGAAUUAUAUGGACCAUCAGGCCGGGUUUUGGAUAAUAGCACAAAAGACCUGAAAUUUGUAUUCACUAACCUAACGCCGUUUACAAUGUAUGAUGUGUAUGUAGCAGCUGAAACCAGUGUGGGGAUUGGACCCAAGUCAAACCUUUCAAUAUUCACUCCUCCAGAUGUUCCAGGAGCAAUAUUUGAUUUACAACUUGCAGAAGUAGAAGCUACACAAAUAAGAAUUACUUGGAAGAAACCGCGACAGCCAAAUGGAAUCAUUAACCAAUACCGAGUGGAAGUGCUGGUUUCAGAAACAGGAGUAAUUUUGGAAAAUACUUUGCUCACAGGAGUAGAUGAGUAUGUAAAUGACCCCAUGGUUGCAGGAACUGUGAACAUAGUAGAACCAAUGACAGGAUUAUUAGAAGGUUCGGCAGAGAUGUCUUCUGACCUGCACUCAUUGGCUACACUUGUGUAUAACAACCUUCCAUAUAAUAACUUUCCUGAAAGGAUUAGAGCCGAAGACCAGCGUUCAACAGCUGUUACUAUGCGGAAUCAGUACAUCACUGACAUUGCUGCUGAACAGCUGUCUUACGUUAUCAGGAGACUUGUACCUUUCACUGAGCACAUGAUUAGUGUAUCUGCUUUCACCAUCAUGGGAGAAGGACCACCAACGGUUCUCAAUGUUAGGACACGUGAACAAGUGCCAAGCUCCAUCCAAAUUAUAAACUAUAAAAAUAUUAGUUCUUCAUCUAUUUUAUUAUAUUGGGAUCCUCCAGAAUAUCCCAAUGGAAAAAUAACUCAUUAUACAAUUUAUGCAAUGGAACUGGAUACAAACAGAGCGUUCCAGAUGACUACUAUAGAUAACAGCUUUCUCAUAACAGGGUUAAAGAAAUACACAAAAUACAAAAUGAGAGUGGCUGCUUCAACCCAUGUAGGAGAAAGUUCUUUGUCUGAAGAAAAUGACAUCUUUGUGACAACUCCAGAAGAUGAACCAGAAUCACCACCUCAAGAUGUUGAAAUAAUUGAUGUUACUGCAAGUGAAAUUCAGUUGAAGUGGUCACCACCUGAGAAACCCAAUGGGAUUGUUCUUGCUUAUGAAGUACUCUAUGAAAAUACAGAUACUUUAUUUAUAAAGAACACUUCAACUACAAACGUAAUUUUAAUGGAGUUAAAACCCUACACCCUCUAUAACAUUUCUGUAAGGUCGUAUACUAGAUUUGGUCACGGCAAUCAGUUAUCUUCUUUACUCUCUGUAAGGACUUCUGAGACUGUACCUGAUAGUGCACCAGAAAACAUUACCUACAAAAAUAUUUCUUCUGGAGAGAUCGAGCUAUCAUUUCUUCCUCCAAGUAGUCCCAAUGGAAUCAUACAAAAAUAUACAAUUUAUCUCAGGAGAAAUAAUGAAAAUGAGGAAAGAACUAUAAAUACAACCUCUUUGACCCAGAGAAUUAGAGGACUGAAGAAAUACACCAAAUAUAUGAUUGAGGUAUCUGCUAGUACCCUCAAAGGUGAAGGAGUUCGGAGUGCACCCAUAAGCGUACUGACUGAAGAAGAUGCUCCUGAUUCUCCCCCUCAAGACUUCUCUGUAAAACAGUUGUCUGGUGUCAUGGUGAAGUUGUCAUGGCAACCACCUCUGGAGCCAAAUGGAAUUAUCCUCUAUUACACAGUUUAUGUCUGGGAUAGAUCAACACUAAAAACUGUGAAUAUAACUGAAACAUCGUUAGAGUUUUCCGAUUUGGACUAUCAUGUUGAAUAUACCACCUAUGUAACAGCCAGCACCAGAUUCGGUGAUGGGAAAAUGAGAAGCAAUAUUAUUAACUUUCAAACACCUGAGGGAGCACCAAGUGAUCCUCCCAAAGACGUUCAUUACGCAAAUCUCAGUUCUUCAUCAGUAAUUCUUUUUUGGACACCUCCUUCAAAACCUAAUGGAAUUAUACAAUAUUACUCUGUUUAUUACAGAAAUACUUCAGGUACUUUCGUGCAGAAUUUUACACUCCAUGAAGUAACCAAUGACUUUGACAAAAUGACCGUAUCUGCAAUAAUAGAUAAACUGGCAAUAUUCAGCUACUAUACAUUUUGGGUAACAGCAAGUACUUCAGUUGGAAAUGGGAACAAAAGCAGUGACAUAGUUCAAGUGUACACAGAUCAAGACAUACCUGAAGGGCUUGUUGGAAACCUGACCUAUGAGUCCAUUUCGUCAACUGCAAUAUAUGUAAGCUGGGUCCCACCAUCUCAACCUAAUGGUCUAGUCUUCUACUAUGUUUCACUGAGUUUAACGCAGCAGGCUCCUCGUCACAUGAGAUCACCUCUAGUUACGUAUGAGAGAAGCGUAUAUUUUGAUAAUCGAAAAUACACUGAUUACAUACUAAAAAUCACUCCAUCAACAGAAAAGGGAUUCUCUGAUACCUAUACUGCCCAGCAACACAUCAAAACUGAAGAAGAUGUCCCAGAAACUUCACCAAUAAUCAACACUUUUAAAAACCUUUCCUCUACCUCAGUUCUCUUAUCCUGGGACCCCCCAGUAAAGCCAAAUGGUGCAGUAAUAAACUAUGAUUUAACAUUACAAGGACCAAAUGAAAAUUAUUCUUUUGUUACUUCUGAUAACUAUAUAAUAUUGGAAGAGCUUUCACCAUUUACAUUAUAUAGUUUUUUUGCUGCUGCAAGAACUAUAAAAGGACUCGGUCCUUCCAGUAUCUUUUUCUUUUACACAGAUGAGUCAGUGCCUUUAGCACCUCCUCAAAAUUUGACUUUAAUCAACUACACUUCAGACUCUGUAUGGCUGAAAUGGAGUCCAAGUCUUCUCCCAGGCGGUAUUGUUAAAGUAUAUAGUUUUAAAAUUCAUGAAAAUGAAACUGAUACUCUAUUUUAUAAGAAUAUUUCAGGUUUUGAAACUGAAACCAAGCUCGUUGGACUGGAACCAGUCAGCACCUAUUCCGUCAGCAUAUCUGCUUUUACCAAAGUUGGAAAUGGCAAUCAAUUUAGUAAUGUAGUAAAAUUCACAACCCAAGAAUCAGUUCCAGAUGUUGUACGGAAUGUGCAAUGUAUGGCAACUAGCUGGCAGUCAGUUUUACUGAAGUGGGAUCCACCUGAAAAGUCAAAUGGAAUAAUUACACAUUAUAUGAUAACAAUGGAAAAGAAUUCUACAAAAGUCUCUCCGCAAGAUCACAUGUAUACUUUCAUGAAACUCCUUGCCAAUACCUCAUAUGUUUUUAAAAUAAGAGCUUCAACCUCAGCAGGUGAAGGCGAUGAGAGCAUAUGCAACGUCAGCACACUACGUGAAACAGUUCCCAGUGUUCCCACAAAUAUUGCUUUUUCUAAUGUUCGGUCAACUAGUGCAACACUAACGUGGAUAAGACCUGAUACUAUCCUUGGCUACUUCCAAAAUUACAAGAUUAUUACUCAACUUCGUGCUCAAAAAUGCAGAGAAUGGCAAUCUGAAGAAUGUGUUGAAUAUCAAAAAAUUCAGUACCUUUAUGAAGCUGACGUAACUGAAGAGACAAUAUAUGGAUUAAAGAAAUUUAGGUGGUAUAGAUUCCAAGUGGCUGCCAGUACCAAUGCAGGCUAUGGCAAUGCUUCGAAUUGGAUUUCUACACAAACCUUGCCUGGCCCCCCAGAUGGUCCUCCUGAAAACGUUCAUGUAGUAGCAACAUCACCUUUUAGCAUCAACAUCAGCUGGAGUGAACCUGCAGCCAUUACUGGACCAACAUUCUAUCUGAUAGACAUCAAAUCGGUAGAUAGUGAUGAAUUUAAUAUCUCCUUCAUCAAGUCAAAUGAAGAAAAUAAAACCAUAGAAAUUAAAGAUUUAAAAAUAUUCACAAGGUAUUCCGUGGUGGUCACUGCAUUCACCGGAAACAUCAGUGCUGCGUAUGUAGAAGGAAAGUCGAGUGAUGAAGUGAUUGUUACCACUUUAGAAUCAGCUCCCAAUGACCCACCUAAUAACAUGACAUUUCAGAAGAUACCAGAUGAAGUUACAAAAUUUCAGCUGACAUUCCUUCCUCCAUCUCAACCUAAUGGAAACAUACAAGUAUAUCAAGCUUUGGUAUACCGAGAAGAUGAUCCUACUGCUGUCCAGGUUCACAACCUCAGUAUUAUCCAGAAAACUGACACAACCAUCAUUGCAGUGUUAGAGGGACUGAAAGGUGGACAUACAUACAAUAUCAGUGUUUAUGCGAUCAAUAGUGCUGGAGCAGGACCAAAGGUUCAGAUGAGAAUCACCAUGGAUAUUAAAGCUCCAGCACGACCAAAAACUAAACCAACCCCUAUUUAUGAUGCCACUGGAAAACUGCUUGUUACUUCAACAACAAUUACAAUCAGAAUGCCAGUAUGUUACUAUAAUGAUGAUCAUGGACCAAUCAAAAACGUACAAGUAUUAGUGGCAGAAACAGGAGCUCAGCAUGAUGGAAAUGUAACUAAGUGGUAUGAUGCAUAUUUUAAUAAACCAAGGCCAUAUUUUACAAAUGAAGGCUUUCCUAACCCUCCAUGUACAGAAGGAAAGACAAAGUUCAGUGGCAAUGAAGAAAUCUAUGUCAUUGGUUCUGAUAAUGCAUGUAUGAUUCCUGGCAAUGAAGACAAAACUUGCAAUGGCCCUCUGAAACCAAAGAAGCAAUACUUGUUUAAAUUUCGAGCCACAAAUGUCAUGGGACAAUUUACUGACUCUGAUUACUCUGAUCCUGUGAAGACUUUAGGUGAAGGACUUUCAGAAAGAACUGUAGAAAUCAUUCUUUCAGUCACUUUGUGUAUCCUUUCAAUAAUUCUUCUUGGAACAGCAAUUUUUGCAUUUGCCAGGAUUCGACAGAAGCAGAAAGAAGGUGGCACAUACUCUCCUCGGGAUGCAGAAAUUAUCGACACUAAAUUCAAGCUGGAUCAGUUCAUCACGGUGGCAGACCUGGAACUGAAGGACGAGAGAAUAACACGGUUACUUAGUUAUAGAAAAUCCAUCAAGCCAAUAAGCAAGAAAUCUUUCCUGCAACAUGUUGAAGAGCUUUGCACAAACAACAACUUAAAGUUCCAAGAAGAAUUUUCGGAAUUACCAAAAUUUCUUCAGGAUCUUUCCUCAACUGAUGCUGACCUACCCUGGAAUAGAGCAAAAAACCGCUUCCCAAACGUAAAACCGUAUAAUAAUAACAGAGUGAAACUGGCAGCUGAUACGAGUGUUCCAGGAUCCGACUAUAUUAAUGCCAGCUAUGUUUCUGGCUACUUAUGUCCAAAUGAAUUUAUUGCUACCCAAGGUCCAUUACCAGGAACAGUUGGGGAUUUUUGGAGAAUGGUGUGGGAAACCAGAGCAAAAACCUUGGUAAUGCUAACACAGUGUUUUGAAAAAGGACGGAUCAGAUGCCACCAGUACUGGCCAGAGGACAACAAACCAGUUACUGUCUUUGGAGAUAUAGUAAUUACAAAGCUAAUGGAGGAUGUUCAAAUAGAUUGGACCAUCAGGGAUCUAAAAGUUGAAAGGCAUGGGGAUUGCAUGACUGUUCGACAGUGUAACUUUACUGCUUGGCCUGAGCGUGGGGUUCCUGAAAACAGUACCCCUCUAAUUCACUUUGUGAAAUUGGUUCGAGCAAGCAGAGCACAUGACACCACACCUAUGAUUGUUCACUGCAGUGCUGGAGUUGGAAGAACUGGAGUUUUUAUUGCUCUUGAUCAUUUAACACAACAUAUAAACGACCAUGAUUUUGUUGACAUAUAUGGACUAGUAGCCGAACUAAGAAGUGAAAGAAUGUGCAUGGUACAGAACCUGGCACAGUAUAUCUUUUUACACCAGUGCAUUCUGGACCUGUUAUCAAGUAAAGGAAGUAAUCAGCCUAUCUGUUUUGUGAACUAUUCAGCACUUCAAAAGAUGGACUCCUUGGACGCCACGGAAGGUGAUGUUGAACUUGAAUGGGAAGAAACCACCAUGUGAAUAUUCAGACCAAAGAUUACAACUGGAAGAUAUUUUCAAAUCCCAGGGGCCAAAAUUACCCCCCCUCCCCGCCAUUCUUCCAAACUGAAAUUUGUAAGCUUAAAGAAAUCUCUAUGCUUACCUUACUGUGCCUUACUAAAUGUACCAACCAUUUUAUGGAUAGAUCUAAGAAAUAGCUAAUUCAGGAUAGGUAUUUGUUUUGUACGGAACAAAUAUUAUACAUUUAGAAUGUUUAAGAAAAGACAUCCCAAAGGUUUUGGAAGCCCUCCAUAUUUCUGAAA